GAGGGUCCGGGGGGGUCCCCACGCGGGUCCUGCGGGGCCGGGAGCCCCUCCAGCCCCUGCCCGUGUUGUGCGGGUCUGGAGCGGAGCGCGGUGUUUUCCCUCCCCCCGCCGGGGGGUGGUGCGAGGCCUCCCCCCGCCGGCUCAGCCGGGGCCGGGAAUUGAACGGGAUUCAUCACCCCCCGUGGGCGCCCAUGGAGCGGGCGCUGGUGCCCCGCGUGUGCCGCGCCCUAGGGCUAUGCCGGUGGCCGUGCGGGGUCCGGCACCGCUCCACCCGCGAGCAGCCGCCCCCGCCCGCGGGUCGGGGCGAGGAAGGUCCCCCCGCAUCCCUCCCGCGGGGCCCGGGAGCGGGUCCCGGCUCCGGGGGCUCCCGGGACACCCCGCGGGGACACCCCCGGCCGGGACACAGAGGGGCCGGGCGGGGGUCGGCAACCGGGCGGGAGCUGUGGCUGUCGCAGCUGGAUGAGCUCCCCAGGGCGAGGAAAGGGAUGGAGCGAAAGCCUCUGCGGCUGGAGAGGACUAAGGGCUCGGAGAUCCUGUUCGGGAUCGGCCCGUGCUCCCUGGCCCUCAGCCAGGCGCGCAGGGACCUGUUCCGGCUGUUCCUCAAGCAGAGCAGCUCCCGGCGGCCCGUGAUGAGCGAGUUUGUGCUCCAGGCCGCGGCCCGAGGGGUCCCGGUGCUGCACGUCCAGCGCAGGGAGCUGGACGAGCUCUGCAGGGGUCAGGUCCACCAGGGAGUGUGUCUGGAGGCCACCCCGCUCCGGUUCAAGAGUUUGGAGGCUGCUGAAACGCCCGGUUUGGGGGAUGAUGCGAGUGGGAAGCGGCAGCUGAUCUGGCUGGUGCUGGAGCAGAUCCAGGACCCCAUGAACCUGGGGGCACUGCUGCGCUCCGCGUACUUCCUGGGGGUGGACAGAGUGGUGACCAGCCACAGGAACAGCUGCCCCCUGACUCCGACAGUGAGCAAAGCCAGUGCUGGAGCCAUGGAGGUCUUCGAUGUCUACAGCACAGAUGAUCUCCAGAGCUUUUUGAAGGCUAAAAUUGCAGAAGGCUGGGAAGUGGUGGGAACAGCCAGCAAACCCGAGGAUGUGGAAGAUGUCCCUGUCAUCAGUUGCUUGGAAUUUCGGUGGGAUAAACCCCUUAUUGUAGUGAUAGGUAGUGAAGGGGAGGGCCUUUCCCUGGAGACACAGCUGCUGUGCCAUCGGGUGCUGGCCAUCCCCCCUGGCAGAGCCCUGCACCCCGGCAUCGACUCGCUCAACGUCUCUGUUGCUACUGGUAUCCUCCUGCACUCCAUCUGCAGCCAGAAACGGAGGCAUGGAGAUUGAAAUCCUCUUUGUGUGGUGGGGGAAGCUGCUCAGCAUUCCCUGGCUCUGCUCAGUGUGGAUAUGGAAGAGCUCUUCCCAGAGUCUCCACCGUCCCUGCAGGUCACAGGCAGAGCCCCACUGGCUGAUGCAGGAUGCCACCAGGUCCCUGGCUUAGUGCCCAAGGCAGACACCUCCUGUCCUGGGUAGCACUGGGGAGGAGCAGCUCCAGGGAGGGGAAAUACGAAGCCAGCCCUGAAAGCAUCCAGCUGUAUCCUUCAGUUUUGGCAGGAAAACACCCAGGGGUGGCUGUGAGCUUCGUGCUUGUCGUGCAUCACUUGAGCUGUGGAGAGAAUUUGGGCUGUGGGGGGAAAGUGCUUGGCUGGUGCUGCCACUGAGCCAAGCCCUGUGCCCACCCUGAGCCCACCCUGAGCCCGCUCAGCAGGGAGAGGGAGCUGCCAAGAGCCUGCUGUGCUUUGGAACCCUCAGCAGGGACUUCCUCACGAGGAGGUGGUUUCUCUGUGUUUGGCUGUAAAGCAGGUGUGAGCCCUGCCGAGGGAUGGAUGUGAGCUGUUGGAAAAAAACACACAGCCCAUAGAAAUAAAGCUCCUGUAAAGUUUGUUGUAGACUCAAAUCAAUACAUUUUGUGUCAUAUAUAAAUCCAGAGUGUGAUUAGCAGAGCAGAACACUUCCUUCAGGUGGGAAUAGGGAUCUUUUUCCAGGAAAGUUUCCUUUCCGUGGUGGGCCUGAUCCCACUGGAUGCUGAGCUGCACCAGCUUUGGGGUGGGGGUGGCUUCAUUUGCAGAUAUCCUGGAUGAAAACCAGACUGGCUAAAUUAUUGAGAACCUAAAGAAUGUUAUCACUUAGCACCUUAAUUAUUUUAUUUAGCUACUGUGGCCCUUUGCAUAGGAUUCCUCAUUAACACUUAAUUUACUGUGCCCUUUAGGGAUAAUUUCAAACAACUCUGCUCAGUCUGCCCCCUCCCCCACUUCCAAAUGAACAAGUAAAUCACUCUGAGUGACUAAUUAGGACUUUGAGCUAAAUGAUGUCUGUAAACUGGUCUGUGGAGGGUUUUUCCCUGGGAGGGUCUGGCUGGUGUGUGCUGUGGGACUGGGGACACCCCAAGUGCCUGGGAUGGGGGCCAGGACAGGACAAGGAGCUGUUGAAAGGUGUCCAGGACUCACUGCUGUGGCUGUGAUGGAGGGAGUGCCUGGUGUGGUGACAGGUAUCCUGAGCUGUGCCCACACAGGACAACCCCCAAAUCACUCCAAAACAACACUGUCGUGCAAACAGGGUUUUGUUGCCCAAAUCUGAAGGUGAGCUGGUUGCUGAAGAACCAUGAACUGGUGCAGUGUAAGGUGACAGCUGAUGCAUUUGGGGGGCUGAGUGUGCCCUUUUCUCUCUUUCUAAAGCUGAAAUGAAAAGGCUGCAGGCCUGGAGGCCUCAGCCAGCCCCGUGGUGCUGCCUGCCAGCCAUGGGUGCCCCAGCAGAGGGUGCCCGUGGCUCAGAUUUGCUCCUUUUUCAGAGGAAAGAUUCAAAGAUUCAGCACUUGAAUCCUUCCUCUGGAGCAGCAGGGAUCAGGGUGAAGCUGUUUCUUUAUUCUUGACCUGUAGGUAAGUAUAUUUAUUUCCCAUCUCACUGCUAUUUCUACCUUUUUACUGCCUUUUUUUUUAAUUAAUUUGAGCAGUGCUGUAACAGAGGAGGCACUUCCUGGCUCUGUGUGGUUGGGAAAGCUGGGUGCUGUCAGUCUGUGCUCAGCCAUCUGCUCAGCCCCUCUAACGAGGAGGCAGGUGAGCAACUGUGGAACAGCUCCUUUACUUCUGGAAGGCUCCCAAAAAGCUUUGAAACCUCAGUGCCCGCAGCAGCUCUGCCAACAGAGCGAGGGGUACACUGAAGUUCCUGCCUGUCCAUCACCCCUGCCCUGCAAAUUUCCCAGUCCUGUAUCCACAGGGGACCUUGUUUUGGCACUGGAGCAUCAGACAAGGCUUACUGGGAGCUGCCUGAGGCUUGAAUUUUCCGAGGCAGGAAUCUGAGCACGUUCUGGGGCCGCAGCCUUGAGUUUUCUGCUGGAGAGCUGCAACACAGGGCUCUUCUGGGUGCAGUGAACCCCACUCUGGACAGCUCUGCUAUUCACAUUUAUCCCAUUUCCCUCAGUGGUGAGUUUUAACCCCACUCUCUUCCACUGGGAUCCACCUCCCCUGACUUUUGGUUGUACCUGUUGUGUCCUUCUGCCCCAGCCCCAUCCUGAGGCCCGUGAGGAGCACAGGGACCCCUGCACUCUCCCACCUCUGGAGCUGGAGCUUGGUGCUGUGUGACUUGCCCCUGAUCUAAUAAAUGCAAUCCAUUAAUUGGAUCAUUGCCUGCCUCUCCAGUUAAUUUCCUGGAUAUUUUUAAAUGUUAAAAUGUAGUUUUUAUAGUCUUUCAUUAUUUUUAGCCCUAAGCUUGACUAUAAUCGUCCCUGUAAUGUAACUGUAAAAAAACUCCCAGCUUUAUAUCAUAAAGGAGGACAUUAAUUGUCAUUUUUUGUGUACAUCAGCAAGAUCAAAACAUGUUUCCUGAUUACUUCUGUUUGUACAUAGAGCCCCUUUGAUAUUUAGAUAUGAAUAAAGUGUGUGUGUGUGUAAUUUGAAA